AUGAAAAAACUUUCGCCAGAUGAGGCUUUCUAUGAAAAUUUAACAUUGGGCUUGGGCAGCGUCUUAAUUUCGCCUUCUCUAAUAGAGUCCGUGCCGCGAGUAUCUAAUAUUAUAUGUGAAAAACGGGAACCGUGUCAGAAAACGCAAGUAAUGACUUGGGAGCAAAGGCAUGGUGUCUAUUUGCCCGAGGAUAUGAAAAAAUUUUAUCUGUCCACCGACGGUUUAUUGCUACAUUGGAGUUACCAAUACGGAGUAAAUGAUAUACGACGUGUGGGAUAUAUAAAUAUUCCUCACUUAGUACAGAUCACAUUAUUACGCGAGAAUGUUGAAUCAAAUGUGCAACAUACGGCAAAUGCUGCAAAUGCAGCUGGCGCCCCAAUCGCAACAUGUAUUUCAGAUUCUUCUAAGCGUUCAUCAUCCGAUACUUCGUUUAGUACUAAUAGCUCAGCUACAAUAGUUUCUGGCUCGACAUCGAUGUCUUGUACGACGGUGUCUGCAAGCCCUUCUAAAGAUCAAUGGGGGCAUCCUCUGCCUAUUAUCGGGCCAAAAACAAAGAUAUUUGAAUUUAAUAUGGUCAAUGACGUAGCUAAAGUGUGUCUGAUUUACGAUACCACCGGCUCUAACACCCUCAAAAUUUAUAUGUUGGAAUUAAAUGGACAAAAAUGGGUAUUUCUCGCCGAUAGCUUCAGCGAAUAUUUGCGUAUGGCCAUUGCUCAUUUAGGUUUACCAUACUGGGAAUUAUGCUUUUCCUCAUGUGGUCUGCCAUCAUGGACGGAGCAAUUAUUUUUAUUGUUAGCGGCUUUAAAUUUAAAACGGAAUAUAUUCGCAUCUAAGCUAUUGUAAGGACGUUCUGGAGCGGGGUCAACUAUCCUGGCACGACGUUCUUCACGCUCUUCGAGCAGGUGAGGAGCCAACAAUAAAAAUGUAAAUGUGAAACGUUGAAGACAAGCGCCAACAAAAAUAAAAUCGAACAGUCCUGGUAGAAUAUUUGCAUCAGAUAUUUCCCAAUUUACUACCACUAGCAGCGCAAUUUGAAACAUAAAUUUAAUGAUUGUUGUGCGAUAUGUCAAGGUCAUGUAAUAAUAAUGUUCAUCAGAUCGCCCCUUUAACAGCUUGAUGGUCAGUGAUCGGUGGUCGGUGUGUGGAAUCGUUUAGUCCGUUUUGUAUUCGGUUCGUUUACAAAACUCAUGAUUGCGAUCUUAAAAAACUGCCUUCAAAUAUGUUCUUAUAACUCUUCAAGGGGUCAGUUCGAAGAUUAUCUAAAUCAGCAACGUCCAAGGAUCCAUCGAUACUUAUCAUGUAGCAAUAAGACGCAGUAUGUACGGGUCGUUUAUAAAGACAAAAAGACAACCACGUGUCAAAAUGUAGAAGAUAAUCAUGUAGGUGAAAAUUAACUUUCGAAAACGAAAGCGAUAAUUAAAUGAAUCGAAAAAUGUCUGAGGUGCACGAUGUGAUGUGAUGUACAUCAGGCAAAUGAAUCUUUGUCCUAUUUUGCAAGCAAAUAUCGUUGACAAGAGUCAGUAGUGGUUAUUAAAAAAUUUUUGGUUAUUUCUAGACCAAACUUUGUAUAAUAUUUAGCGAAAUUUUACAGUUCAAAUACAGGGAUAACACUAAAUAAGAUAAAGAAGUUCGAUGCACAACCAUUUCUUUUUUUCAUAGAUUUUGCUUCUUCUUGAAUUACAUCUAUAUUCGUAGUGCUAUAUAAAUUUAGGUGGACGCAUUUCUCGUUGCUAAUUAAUGUAUUAAAGUUUUGGCAUUCAUCAUAUCUUGAGU